AAGGGCGGGGCUUCUGCUUCCGGUGGGGCCGUCUCUAGAGCAGAGAUGGCGGCGACAGCGGCCGAAGAUGCGGCCUCUGGCUCUGGAGAGCCCCGGGAUGAGGCGGAAGCUCCGGGCCCCGCCUGGGAUGAGUCACAGCUACGAAGUUACAGCUUUCCGACCCGGCCCAUCCCACGUCUGAGCCAGAGUGACCCCCGGGCGGAAGAGCUGAUCGAAAAUGAGGAGCCUGUGGUGCUGACCGACACAAACCUUGUGUAUCCUGCUCUGAAGUGGGACCUAGAAUACCUGCAAGAGAAUAUUGGCAACGGAGAUUUCUCUGUGUACAGUGCCAGCACCCAUAAGUUCCUAUACUAUGAUGAAAAGAAGAUGGCUAAUUUCCAGAACUUUAAGCCAAGGUCCAACAGGGAGGAAAUUAAAUUUCAUGAGUUUGUUGAGAAACUACAGGACAUACAGCAGCGUGGGGGAGAAGAGCGGUUGUAUCUGCAGCAAACGCUCAAUGACACCGUGGGGAGGAAGAUUGUCAUGGACUUCUUGGGUUUUAACUGGAACUGGAUUAAUAAGCAACAGGGAAAACGUGGCUGGGGGCAACUGACCUCUAACCUGCUGCUCAUUGGCAUGGAAGGAAAUGUGACACCUGCUCACUAUGAUGAACAACAGAACUUCUUUGCCCAGAUAAAAGGCCACAAGCGUUGCAUCUUAUUCCCUCCAGAUCAGUUUGAGUGCCUCUAUCCAUACCCUGUCCAUCAUCCCUGUGACAGGCAGAGCCAGGUGGACUUUGACAAUCCUGACUACGAGAGUUUCCCCAAUUUCCGAAAUGUGGUUGGUUAUGAAACAGUGGUGGGCCCUGGUGAUGUUCUGUACAUCCCAAUGUACUGGUGGCACCACAUAGAGUCAUUACUAAAUGGGGGAAUUACCAUCACUGUGAACUUCUGGUAUAAGGGGGCUCCUACCCCUAAGAGAAUUGAAUAUCCUCUCAAAGCUCAUCAGAAAGUAGCCAUCAUGAGAAACAUCGAGAAGAUGCUUGGAGAGGCCUUGGGGAAUCCACAGGAGGUGGGGCCUUUGUUGAACACCAUGAUUAAAGGCCGUUACAACUAACCUGCAGAGGUCAAGGCCUCCUGCCGGGGGACCGCUAGCUCGUCCACAUGCUUCGUUGAUGAGGACAGGACACUCCAAGCACUAGUAUUGCACGCUGCACUUAAUGGACUGGACUCUUGCCAUGGCCCUGGAGGCAGGUGUUUGGGGCGAGGCAGGGUAGUUGACUCCACUCCCAUUUGGAAAGUUUUCUCACACUUGCCUCUUGAGCCCCAGAACCUUCCCUCUUCACCCCCCUAAAGUCCUGCAUCAGUGUGUGGAGUCCCAGCUUCUGGUUGUCAUCAUGUCUGUGUUAGUCUGUCAACCUCAGGGUGUGUGUGUGUGUACAUGUGUUCAUAAGCAUGUGUAUACACACACAUGCAUGUAUCUGUUCCUUGUUCCUCUUCCUGGGUCAGGAUAUCACUUCUGGCUCUCAGCUCCUGUCUCCUGAAGCCUCAGUGCCUCAGCCUGAGAGAGGAGAUGCUCCUGUAUCCCUACUACAUUUGGGGUGUGGUGCCAGAAUGAAUCUGCUCAUCAGUCUGCCUCUGGCAGUUUUUGUAGCGUAGUCAGGCUACAGGCCAGGUAGCAAUAGCUGCUGGGUCCCUAAUGGGGACACUGAGAAGGAGCCUUGUCUUUGGGAGCCAGAUAGCUUUCUAGUGGAUGAGGAUUAGAUAGGGUUCCGGUUGAGAGCUACAAACUCAAGCCAUACAUAGAAGGAAACCUUGGGAACCUAAGAUCAGAGGAUUGUGCGUAUGUUCCAAACUACAGACACACGCAGCUGUUCUUUCAGUACCAGCUCUUGCCCCUUUGCUAGGCAUUGAGGGAGUUCUCCUAGCUCUGACUUCUUUGGGCUCCAGGGGUAUGAACUUCUGCAUGUGUGUGUACACAUAUGCACACGUGUGUGUGUGUUCACACUUCCCACCCUUCUUGCUUACCAAGGUUCUUUACUGCUUACCUUGUCCAAUGUGACAGGGCAGUGUGAACCCCAGAUACUGCCUGACUUAGCCUCUAGCUUUUGAACUCGGAUUUUAGCCAUCCUAUCUUGGUCAGAUCUCACUGCAGCCUACCUAAAGCUGACUGGCUUGAGCCUCCAGGUCGUCUGUCUUUCCCUGUCCAGGCCACAUCCCCUGCACCUGCUGAGCUUCUUGGCUGAGUAGAUGAAAUGGGAUCAGACUUAGGCAGCUAACUCAGUACCUUUCGUCCACCUCAGGGCAAGGGCAAAAGUGUCCUCUUGCCUCUUGGAGCCAGCACUUCUGCCAGACCCAGCACAACGUCGUAUGCCAGCUAGUGUAGGACGGCUGGUGGAGGGCGUGGGGAUAGAACCCGCUUUUCUGUUGGUAGCUAUUUAGGGAGCCCUCCUCAGGGCUGCAGCUUACAGCUGGGCAGCGCAGUGUUACACAGCAGAGUGCCAUCGUUCACGUUUGCUCAGAGGGAAUGGGGCCCCUGCAGUUUGGCAGAGUGGUGGCCCUGUGUCCACUUACCUCAAGUCCCUUCUCCUUCAUCUUGUUCUCUAAAGUCUGAGUUGGAAGUCUAAUUUUCGUCCCUUCUUCCCCACUUUUUUACUCCCAUCCCCCUGAGUUUGACCUCUAGUGUCUGAGCUGUGGCUCUUAGCCAUGACGUUCAGCUUACAAUGCCCCAUGGACUGAGAAGGUGCAUGCAUAUGCCUGUGCAUACCUGUGUAUGUAUUUUGGGGAGGGGUCUUUUGUCCCCCAUUCUGGGGGCUUUAAUGCAAUGUGGGUGUACAGACCUGGAACCUUCUCAAGUAUAGCUCUUCAAGUACAGCCAGUGCUGGGCAGUGUGACUGUAGUAAACUCCAUGGCCUCCAUCUCUUCUGGGAACAAGGAGGGCAGCAGGAAGACAGGCCAGGGCAGGCUCUUGUCUUCGUUCUCAGCAGGUCUGUCUUCCCGCCUCCGCCCUUAAAGGUGCUGGCAUGUGCAGGAGGGAACCCUUCAUGGUACUGUGCCUCAUACAGCUCUGAUCUAGGGUGGCUGGGGGCAAGGAGAGAGAAGGUCAAUUUUGGGACGGUGGCAGGAUUGGUCUUGAUGCUGGUAUGAUGUGAUAGCUACCUGAUCUUAGACACCUGGUGUGUGCCUGUUGCCUUUAGCUCUGUCCCCCACAGUCCUGCAUGGUGGCUUCUCCCUCCCUCGAUGAAGAAACAGCCCAGAGCGGAUGAAGCGUGACAGUCAAGGUCACACCAGUCUGCUUGGCUGGAACCCACCCUACCCUGCUCCUCCCUCAUUUCUUCUGAACCUUUCCUCGGUCCUCUUCCUAGUCAGUGUGCAAGCAGGCUCAGGCAAGAGGGUGUGGAAAGCUGAAAGCCUCUGGAGGCUCCAGCUGGAGACAUGGAAGCUGGAAAGCCAUCUUAACUGUAGAGGAGUGAGAUCUGCUGGGGAGAGGGGUACUGUGUACCCUUGAAUGUAGGUCCCAUAGCUCCUCUCAGCAUGCCUCAGCUUCAGAGUUGAAGUAGUUCUAGAUCACGGGAUUCAUGUUCCGCUGUGUCUCUUCCUCCUGGAGAUGAGAUGCAUGUUCUUCUCUCACCUAGGUUAGUGCUGUUUGGGUUCACACUCGGCUUGAGCAGAGGAAACAGUGCUGCUGCAGUGUUACCCAUUCUAACCCGCAGCAUGGGAGUCGGGUGUGCCAAGGAAGGUGGAGACUUGGGCUUGUCUAGGGGUCAGCCAUGUUGCAAGAUCCCAUUUUUAUACCAGCACUGCAGUGAAAACUACUGUUUUGUGAAAUCAAAUAUUUGCUGGGGGGUUGGAGUUAUGGGGUGGAGGAGGGGCUCUUCUGGGCAUCAGUUGAGCAGAUGCCCAGGAUGCCUGGGGGAGACCAGCUUCCCCUACAAAUCAGAGCUCUAAAUUACAAGGUUUUUACCAACGCGAACAGUUGGGGGAAGUCGUCUGCUCUCAUUUGCGUAAUGGUUUCUGUCACUGGUGAUUAGACACAGGAUGAAGGAAAAGAAAUUUGACAAUUAGGAAUGAGCCAUCAUUAAUCUGAAUCUGUUAGGAGACGGAGUGGGGAAGGAUCCUUACUAGUGGGCCAGCCCAGGAUGGGGAGACACUCCCUAUCUCUGACCCGCAGUACCUUCUGGGCCAAGUACCCUUUUGGAGUUCCCACAAGUGUGGGUGGAGCUUGCAUGCUUUCACAGGCUAGGAGUCCAAUCCCAGCUUGAGAUGGACUUAGAAACAGACAUCAUUCUGCAUGAGCCAACAAAGUUAAAGAUAGAUAAGUAAGUAUUAAAUACAAGCCCUAGGGCAAGGACUAACAAUAGGGUGGUUUUGGUGUGUGCUUACUGUUAUUUCUGUAAUAGUCAGCACUGCUGGUCUCCCAGCUGUGGCCAGCACUUCCGGUUGUACAGGACACCUGCUCUUUAUCAACCCUAGGCACGUCCGGGAAUUGGAAAGGAAACAUCUGAAAGUAGGGAGCUGAGAUCUGGGCAAGGUGGGCACUGUUAGAGGAAGAGGAUGGGACAGCAUGGGGCUCCCGGGAAGAUACUUACCCUUCAAGCCGCUCAGCAACGUUGACUUACUCUGCAUGAAUACAUCUGUGGCUGUGGGGACAUCGAGGUUCCUGCCUCCAAGACUAGUGACACAGUGACAUGGCUAACUAUUAAUGAGGUGUGGAGAAUCCAGCUUAGAUCUUCCGGUGUCCCUGAUUUACCUCAUUGUUCACUCUCUGUCCCUUAGAUGCCUAAGGCAAUAUCAGUCUGCACCAAGAAGUAGUCCUCAUGCUUAGUGUGUCCCUCAGACCCCAGGCCCUCAAGGAUUAGGAUGGGUUUCUGUCUCCUUCACAAUGUGAACUUCCCAAGGAUGGUGCUAUCUCACUCCUUGGUAAGUUCCCUACCUCUGUUGUCUUUCACCCUUCAGAACUUGGUGCAGAAUUGAGCAAGGGCUACCAGCAGCGACCCUCUGACCAGUUUUUCUAGAUGGGGUAGGUGUGGGGAUGGAUAGAAGUAGCUCAGGUUCUGUAGAGAGGCCCAGGCCUUUCCUGUUCCUACCUGUUUCUCUUGGUGUCCUCUUAAUGCACCUCUAAAUGGGUCUUUGGGCUUGCUCCUCCCCAGGCUUUCAGUGACCUCUUUACCAAGGCUAUUCCUCAGAGAAACUCUGGUUACAAGUGCUGGACUGCUUGGCUCUAGGGUCUGUCUCCACAGGGUUCUCCCUGUUCCCUCUUCAUUUCUGACCUCAGGUAGCUAGCUCCAUUGACUUGUCCCUGGUUAGUCUGUGUUCUGUCUGCUCUUGCCAUUCCUUUGUCUUUACAUGCUGGUUCAGCUUGUCUCAGUCUGCUGGUCCUUUUCUGCCUGUCCUUCGGUCAGCUCUGUUUAAUUAAAGGUCCAUGGGGUCCUGAGUGGAGCCCAGCUGAUUACUUUGGGACACUUCUGGAGGAAUAAAGGCUCAGAAACUGGUGUCCUCAAGGCCCAUGGGCCUGCAAGUGGUGAUGCCUUGGAGACAACUGGGGAGGGACCUCAAAAGGGAAAGGACUUGGAGAGGAGAGACCACUAGAAAGAGGCCAGGCUUGGGAACCAGGCUGGAAGGAGUGAGCUUGUGCUUCCAUCGAAUGUGCUCUUGUGCCUUAGGGUCCAGCAGUUCAGGGAUGAGGGACAUUUUCUGAAUGUCUCCUAAUUUCUCUCAGGUCUUUGGCUCAGUGUCACCAAGUUUGACAGAGCCCUGCGUUCCAGAGGUUGCUAGAAGGGAGCAGCAUAUUGAGUAGGCUGGUGUCGAGAGUGGAGGCCUCCUUGAGGAAGGCUGCAAUGGUAGGGAUCUCAAGAGAGGGACCCAGUGGUCAGCGUAUCACCGGAUGACACUCCAUUCCUCCAAGAGAAUAAGUACAAGAACUGACUGAAGAAGUCAGUUUAAAACUGCCCUCCCUCCUCACCUAAAGUCAUUUUGGGAAGGAAUGUGUGUCCUUUAACUUUCAAGGGGAAACAGUCCAGUGUUUAAAAGCAUGCAUUUUGGGGUCUGGUACACAUUUCUAGCUUGCUACUUACCAGCUGGGUUUGACCUUGGUUGAUUCUUUUAACCGCUCUGAGUCUCGUUUUCCUUUAUUAUAAUAAUAUGUGGGGUGGGGGGUUGAAAAUAUCUACCUCAGGGUUGCUGGAUUAACUGAAAUAAUGUCUGUAAAGCUUUAGCACAGUGCCUGGCAAGCACUUAAUAAAUGGCUGUGGUGGUGGUGGUU